AUGAAUUAUUCAACUAUUCAAUUUGCUCGGGAAGAGUUAAGCAAAUAUGAAAAUGACUACCAGGAAAAGGCGGAAGAAAUUUUGGAUAAAGUGAGUGCAGUGCGUUUUUCCGGCAGUGAAAUCGUUUUGUAUGAGGAAAAGGAACGUUUGAUUGAAAAAUACCGAGCAAUACUGAGAAAGUUAGGCGAAGAAAAGGAAACCAUUUUGCGCCAAAUAGAAAAAAAAGUAAUGUUUGUAACCCCUCUGCGGCAAAAAGAUGUCAAGCAAGGUUAUUGUUAUUUUUGUGAUAUAAGCAUUGCGGCCGGUUUUCCUUAUAAACUAAAAUUUGAGGAACAGAAAACGUUAGAAAUUGAAGUAACUGAGGGAGCAGUAUUUUGUUCGCAAGAAUGUUUAUUGGGUUAUUGUCGGGAAUAUAAAAAUCGGGAAAAACUGUGCCAAGAAGAAGAAAAAAGAAAUAAAGAAAAAAUCGAAAAUGACCGAAAAAAAUUGACGGAAAUCCAAGAAAGAAUAACCGAAUUAACGGAAAAAAUAAACAGUUUAGAAAGGAAAGAAAGGGAACUAGAAUUAGUGCCAGAAAAUAAUCCGGUAGGGAAAGAAGAGGUUGGAUUCUUUCGUCGACUGGGGCAAAAAAUCGGUUUAGUUAAAAAGCCUAAUCCACUUUCUAAAAUAGAAAGAGUAAGGAAAUUAAAAGGUGAAGUAAGAGUUGAAUUGGAAAAAACUGGGGAAGAAUUUCAAAAAUGUUUGAUAAUUCUCUCGCUGGACGAACAAAAAGAACAAGAGAGGAAAAAAUUAGAAGAAAACGUCUUUCUCAAAAAAGAAAAAAUUGCUAGUAAAAAAGAACUAAAAACCGAUGAAGAAAACGAUAUUUGUCAAAAAUUAACGGAAAAUAAUUACUUGGCUAAGAUUCAUAAAGAGGAAAAAAGUAAAAAUAUUACUGUAGAAAUUAAAUACGCUAAGGAAGGCAGUCGCAUUCACCAAAUAAAAAAAAUUUCCAAACCUUCCCAACAUAUUCAUGUCCGAGCCACGGAAAUCAAAAAGAAUUGUCGCCAGCGGGGACUUUAUUUAAUUUCUACUUCCCAAGGAUUAUUAACUCAGCGGGAAGCGUUAGAAAAAAAACAAGGUAAAACCCUACAAGAAUAUUUAAAUUGGAAAUAUCCGACAAGGGAGGAGAGGGAACAGGUGAAAGAAGUUGAUAUUGAUAAAAUCAAUGAAAGUAAUGAUUUAACCAAACGACUAGACGGAGGCGAAGUAGAUUUAAGAGAGAAACCAAAAUUAACUAGAAUUUAUUGCCGCGAAAAUAAAAUAACUUCUAUUGAUAUGCCUAAUUGUCCUAAUUUAACUGAACUUGAUUGCUUCAAUAAUCAACUAACCACCCUUGAUUUGUCUGGUUUAGAGAAAAAUAUUGCAAUAGGUAAUAAAAUUUUGGAACAAGAAUACCAGCCCAAAGAAACCAAAGAACAAGGAACGCAAACUGAUUUAAAUAAUUUAGAAUUAGAACAACAAAAAACUAUCCAAGAAUUAGAGGAAAAAGUUAAAGAAUUAAUGAUUGAAAAAAAUAGAACAAGUGAAAAAUUAAUUAUUCCCCCCGAGAUAAAAAUUACCCAGGAGGAAAGAAAACUGCUUACGGCUUCCCCUAAUACCAGUUUGGCUGGCACUUAUAAUUCUUUAAUUACUAAUAUGAUAAAAGGAGUGGCAGAGGGAUUUCAAAAAACCUUGGAAGUAAAAGGAGUAGGUUAUAAAGUGGCAUUGAAGAAUAAUCAAUUGGAAUUUAAUUUAGGUAAGUCCCAUUUAAGUUAUGUUAACAUUCCGGACGAUUUAAAAGUUGCGGUCGAGGGUAAUAAAAUAAUUAUUAAAGGCCUUGAUAAGCAAAAAGUAAACCGAUUUGCUGCUAAUGAUAUUCGACCUUUACGCCAACCCAGCAUUUAUAAAAAAUCCAAAGGUAUUUAUUACUUAGGCGAGGAGGAAACUAUCAAAUUGCGAGCCAGUAAAUCUUUAAGUAAAAAUGAAUCCAAUCGUUAUUUACGAGUCCAAGCCAUUGACGACAAAAUAGGUCAUACUUUAAUUUAUUCCUCCACUGAGGAACUGACCGAAAAAAAUAAUUAUUCACGCAAAAAUAAAGACUACGCCCAAAAGUUAGCCGAAAUGUUUGCGGAUAAAUUAAAAAAAGAAAAUAAGGAGAAAAUCGUUUUUGACCGCAACGGUCGACCUUAUCACGAGGAAGAAAAGUAUUAUAAAAAUUUGGCAAGCGAGCAAAAAAAUGUCCUAAUAAAGGAAACAAACCAACCAAUUGGCGAAGUAAUUAAAGAAAUACCGAUAAUAACCGACCAGGAAAAAAAACCGACCGCGGAUAAUUUGGACCCCAAAACCAAUCGGAAAUUUAGAGAUAAAGAAAAAAGAAGUUUUUCUCGUUACCGCUUUCAAAAAGAAACCUUGCAAACUAAACGAGUAGUAAAAGUAACCAAAGGCGGGCGCCGAUUUAGUUUUACUAGUUUAGUCUUAAUAAAAGAUGAGGAAAAAAAAGGCGUAGCUUUUGCUCGGGCCGGUGGCAAAGAAGUAAUUUCGGCCCUACAAAAAGCUACCCGAAAAGCCGAAAAAAAAUUGCUAAAUUAUUUUCCGACUCCGUCUCGCACUAUUCCCUGUGAUAUAUUGGUCAGUUAUAAAGCUACCAAACUUUUUUUAAAACCGGCUCCGCCGGGUAAUGGUAUUAAAGCGGGUGGAAUACUUAGCAAGUUGUUUAAAUAUUUGGAAAUUAAAGAUGUCAGCAUCAAAAUAAUUGGUUCCCGCAAUAAAUUAAAUGUUAUUCGAGCCGCUUUUCUGGCUUUGGAUAAAUUAACUGUUUCCGUUGGAAAAAAGAAAAAAAUUGUUGGUCGGGGCAUUGGCUCCGGUCGCGGUAAGACUUGUGGCCGCGGGCAAAAAGGUCAACAUGCCCGUAAGAGUGGUCAUGUUCGUCCUGGUUUUGAAGGAGGUCAAACCCCUGUUUUUCGCCGUUUUCCCAAGCGUGGUUUCAAAACUCCUCAAUUGUCCUACCAAGUAGUUAAUUUAGCGAGGUUAGAAAAAGAUGAAAAAAUAAUUAACGGACAAACCAUAGACUUUUCCCACGACAAACAUCCGACUAAAAUACUAGGGGAGGGGAAAUUGACUAAACAAUUGACGGUCAAGGCCGCCGCUUUCUCCCACACUGCCCAAGCCAAAAUUACCCAAGUAGGUGGAGAAUGA